AUGUCGACAACUACUACAAAAUCAACGUCAACAUCAACAUCAACAACAACCACAACAACAACAUCAACAUUAACAUCAACAACAACAUCAACGUCAACAACAACGUCAACAUCAACGUCAACAUCAACAUCAACAUCAACAUCAACAUCAACAUCAACAUCAACAACAACCACAACAACAACAACAACAGCAGUCACGUUCAUACCAACUGGAAUAUAUGCUCUGACAAUUCCAACAUGUGCCACUUGGAGUCAGUUAGGAAUCACAGUAGCUGGAAAUGCUAAUGGAACAUCAGGUUCCGACUUAUAUUCACUCGCGAGUCCCGUCGGCAUCUUUAUCGAUAAUAAUGAUACUCUAUAUAUUGCUGAUCGAGACAACAAUAGGAUUAUGAUGUACUAUGCCAACGCAGCUAGUGGAUUAGUCGUUGCUGGUGAUCUUACAGCUGGUAGUAGUUCCAGUCAAUUAAAUUCUCCUAAAGGUGUUGCUGUUGAUCAAUAUGGUUCCAUCAUUGUUGCAGAUAGUUCGAAUUAUCGAAUUCAAAGUUUUCCAUCUGGUUCGAUGGUGGCCAAUACAAUAGCAAUGAACAGUGUAGUCAAUCCUCUCGGACAAAUUCGAGAUUUACACAUUGAUGUUAAUAAUAAUAUCUAUGUUACCGAUUCCGAUUACAACCGAGUUGUAAAAUUUUCUACUGGCAAUGCAGUUGGUGUUGUUUUAGCACCUACUAAUGGUACAGGUUCAGCGGCCAAUCAAUUGUUAGGGCCUUUUGGUAAUUUUAUAGAUGGCAAUCAAACAUUGUACAUAGCUGACACUAGAAACAGCAGGGUGCAAAUGUGGAUUUCUGAUGCGAUAAGUGGAAUAACUGUUGCCGGCGAGACUGGUGUAGCUGGUUCAAGUUUGGCAUUGUUGAGUAAUCCAGAAGCGAUUACUGUUGACAAUAACGGGUAUGUUAAUAAAGUUUGGAUUAAAACAAUUUAUUUUAAUGAUAACGAUAUAUUAACUUUCAUUGGCAGGUAUAUAUACGUGGUAGAUGAAGGCAAUGCUCGCGUUGUUAAGUGGACAACAAACUACACUACAGGUGGUGUCUGCGUAGUCGGUUGUAGUGGUAUUAUAGGGUCAGCUAAUAAUGAGCUUAAUGGUCCUCGAGAUGUAAAAUUCGAUUCACAAGGAAAUUUAUAUAUCACCGAUCAAGCAAACCAUAGGAUACAAAAAUUUUUGAUACAACUGCCUACAUCACCUUGUUCACCGUAG